ACAACUCAUCUACCGUCACGCACUCCCUUGUCUCUAUGCUAUGACUGAUUGACCAUCAUUAUAUUUCUCCAAGUUUCUUUCUUCUCAUCCUGAGAUUCAAACAAACUAUUUCUCUCUUCUAAAUCUACUGCAAAAUGAGCUGGUGGUGGGCUGGAGCUAUUGGUGCUGCUAAGAAAAAAUUCGAAGAAGAUGAUGCACCACCCAAGUACCAAAGCGUAGCUCUAAUCAUCGGUGUCACCGGCAUCGUCGGAAACAGUCUCGCCGAGAUCCUCCCUCUCGCUGACACCCCCGGCGGUCCUUGGAAGGUCUACGGUGUUGCCCGCCGUCCUAGACCGUCUUGGAACGCCGAUCACCCCAUUGACUACAUCCAAUGUGACAUAUCAAACCCAGAAGAUACCCAAUCCAAACUCUCCCUUCUAACUGAUGUUACUCACGUUUUUUACGUGACAUGGGCCAGUAGAUCCACUGAGGUUGAAAACUGUGAAAUUAAUGGGAAGAUGUUUCAAAAUGUUCUCAGUGUUAUUAUCCCUAAUUGUCCCAACUUGCGCCACAUCUGUUUGCAAACAGGCCGAAAACAUUAUUUGGGCCCCUUUGAAUUGUAUGGUAAAGUUGCUCAUGAUUCUCCAUUUCACGAGGAUUUACCUAGAUUAGACGCCCCCAAUUUCUAUUACACUCUUGAGGAUGUUUUGUUUAAGGAGGUGGAGAAGAAGGAAGGACUGACAUGGUCAGUUCAUAGGCCCGGGACAAUAUUCGGGUUUUCACCGUAUAGUUUGAUGAACAUUGUUGGAACGCUUUGUGUUUACGCAGCUAUAUGUAAACAUGAAGGGUUGCCAUUGAAGUUUCCAGGCGUUAAAGCAGCGUGGGAUGGAUACUCGGAUUGCUCGGAUGCAGAUUUGAUUGCUGAGCAUCAGAUAUGGGCUGCAGUGGAUCCGUAUGCUAAGAAUGAGGCGUUUAAUGUGAGCAAUGGGGAUGUUUUCAAGUGGAAGCAUUUCUGGAAGGUUUUGGCGGAGCAAUUUGGAGUGGAAGCCGCAGAGUUUGAUGAAGUGAAUAGGUGCACUUUGGCAGAGAUGAUGAAAGACAAAGGUCCAGUUUGGGAUGAGAUUGUGAAGGAGAACGGAUUGACGCCUGCUAAAUUGGAGGAUGUUGGAGUUUGGUGGUUUGUUGAUCUUAUUCUUGCUGGAGAUUGCCCUCUAGAUACUAUGAACAAGAGUAAGGAACACGGUUUCUUGGGAUUCCGGAACUCGCAAAAAGCCUUCAUUUCCUGGAUUGAUAAGGUGAAAGCCUACAAAGUUGUUCCUUAGUUUGAUGUGCGUUUCUUGGUUUUACUGUGUGAUAAAUUAUUUGAGCUUGUUUCCUCUCUAUUAUGUUGUUUAAUAAGAAGUAAUAAUAGCAAAUUGAAGCAAUUUCUAGCUGAAAUGAUGUAACUUUUGGCUUCUAUAUGCUGUUUUGCUGUAAUUAUCCAUUUGUUAUGUUUUUUUGCAUCUUCUUUUUGUACAUGUUGGUAGCCUUGAUGACUGGAAAGUGCUUAUUAGUUUGAUGAGAUCUGUUUAGCAUCU